AUCUUGGUUCUCUUGCAGACAUUUUGGUUUUGUUUUUAAGAUUUAAUAUCAUUGGCAUUGGACCGUUCUUCAACCAAGGUUUUUUCUUGGUUGAAAACUGUGUAGUUAAAAGACCUUUUUGACCUCAAAUAUAACUGUGAAUUCUCCAUCUCGUAUACAGAACAUAAAAAGCCUUCCUAUUUGUCAGUCCUACUCUUCCCCACAGCAUAAGAUUCCUUCUGACUCCUCUCUCUCUCUCUCUAUUUGUUAUCAAAUGUAAAUGACUAGUUCCCGCUAAAAAAAAAUCCCCUCUUUCUUCUCCCUUUAGUACAUUCUCAUAUUUACAUCCUUCCCUUCAAGUUUCAAUCUCUUCACAGUAAAGAUUCAGAUAGUGAGAAAGCUUGAGAGAGAGAUGCAGGGAACUUCCAAGGUGAUAUUGGGAGCUACACUGAUAAUGGUGGUUAGUCUUGCCAUUGUGUUAGGCCUCAUUCUUGUGUUGCUUGCCGAGCUCUACUGCUCUCUCUUACUCCGGCGUCGUAGGCUUCGAGUUGCCCCACCCACCACUACUUCCUCCAACUUGUCUGGUGACCCCGUCGCAACCGCCACGAACAUUUCCCAGUCUCUGCCUUCAGCUCCUCGCGGGGACAACAACCGAUCAGCGAUUUCUCUUAGCAGCUUGUAUGCCCAUGGGGUUCUUAGUGCUCCCAGAAACUUUCUUUUCCCUACUGUCCCUUGUGUAAAAGACAACAAUGUUGAUGAUGUAGCUGAACCUGAAGCCAAGAGCCAAAACUCUCAACUUCAUCGGAUUAUCGACAUUGACACCCUUGAAUCAUCCCUUAGCCCUCGUCGAAUCGGCCUCAUUUCCACUCCAUCCCUCCCAUCAUCGCCCAUUAUCUCAGCCUCACCUGAUGUGUCCAUUUUGAAAGCUUGUGCUCAGAGUAAACUAAGCCCUGCCAUUGCUUGUAAUGACAGUUCUUCCAAUGGCAGUGACCAUUUUAUGUACAUUUCAAACCCCAUUUAUGAUAAUGAUGCAAUCAGGCCAAGCAGAGGAGACAACACCCCAUUUGAAACACCUAGUUCCUCUCCCUCAAGAUUGGAAAGGUGUAGUUCUUCUGAGGAAGAUGAGAUUGUAGCAUCUCCUUCAAGUACAAUCCAUUCACUCCCCAAUACGCCUCCUUUAACGCCGAUGAAGAAGCUCCCGGCUGAGGCUUGCUCGGUUACAUUGAGAGAUGCCAGGUCUCUGGGGAAUUCUGGAAGUGAUUCAAACACCCACAAUGGUCUGUCAUCUUCCUCCUCCGGCUCUCCCUGUACCUCACCUUCAUGGUGAAUGCAGUUCAAUGGCUGAAGUUUAGAUUUAGUGUCAUGUCAGAGCUAUCUUUACAGCUUUGUCGUUAACUUUCUAUGGUGGGUAUGUAUGUAUGUAUUGAAUGUGGUGAUGAAGAAGAAAGUAGUGAGUUUCUGAAAGCACUGGCCUGACCAUACAUUGCACGCCUAUCAAAGCCACGCCUAUGUACCAAACCCAUAAAAAGCUAUCUAGAUUUUGCAAAUUUUGUUGUUUUCCACUUGGUUUGUGUUGUUCAUGGAAAGAAGUUGAAUUUCUGGGAGACACUAUUGUGCUAAGAAAUUAUAAAAUGAAUUAGAGGCAAAAUCCCAUUUGAUA